AUGAGUAUUUCCAGAGCUCUACAGGGCCUCAAGCGCUUCACCACCUGCGACAUCGGCGAUGCCCUCGUCAAACUCAAGCAUCCCUAUGGGGGCUUCCUAGACGGGCUGCAGAUGUACUCCCCAGGCAACGGGACAAGUAUUUAUGGGCCAGCCAUCACAGUGAAGAUGGUGGAAACUAAGAGCCCUGGGCCCACGCCGGCGCAGCAUUUCGCUGAUGCCAAUGAAGCUGGCCAUAUCAUGUAUAUCCAGCAACCGAAGGGAUUGCCCUCGGCCUGCUGGGGUGGGCUGAUGUCCACGCGCGCGCAGAAGCUGGAGAGUCAGGGGGUGGUGAUUGACGGGCGGAUGCGGGAUGUGCAGGAGCAUCGCGAGAUGCAGUUUCCGGUGUUUGCUCGCGGCACGUCUGUCCUCGGGUCUAACACUUUUACUCGGGCGUCCGAGAUCAAUGUGCCCCUGCAGUUCAAGGGCGAUCUCUGGGUGUACCCUGAUGAUAUCCUUGUUGGUGAUGAGAACGGUGUUGUUGUUGUGCCGCCGCCGCUGGUGCAGCAGGUCGUGGAGCUGUGUCAGGAGAGAUGGGAGAUCGAUGAGAAGACUAUGGCUGCUCUGAAAGCCGGGGAGCCGAUGGGGCCCACGAUUCAGCGGCUGCGCAAGUAA